AUCAUCUCUCUUUCUCUUUCUCUGUUAAAAUCUGAAUCCCCACAAAACUCUCUUUUUUAUCUCGACUUUUGGGUUUCCCUUUCAAUCCCUUCACGUUCUCUGCAAACCCCAUCUUUAAAAGCUCCCAUUCUCUCCAUUUCUUGGAGUUUUUUGAUUCAAAGGUCACUACUUUGUCUAUAUAAUCUUCCACCUCAGUUUCAUUAUGAACUGAGAAUUUGAUGCUAAGAUGGAGGUGAAUGGUUGGGUUUUCUGUUUUGCAAAGGAAUGGCAAAGCUUGUAAUCUGCAACAAGUCUGAGUCCUUUUGUCUAACCGAUGCCAUUUUACCAUCCGAAUGGUACUCAAGCCGUGAGGGGUAAACCAGUGAAGACUAGAAGAGAAGCCAGAGUCUUGCGUGUGUAUCAUUUUUGGUAAAAAGACCCAUCUUUAAUCUCAAGUCAUCUGAAAAGGUUACUGUGCUUUGCAUCAGUUUCAGUGAGCAAGCCAGAAAACCAAGCAGUAUGCCUGUAAGGCAGAUGAAGGAGAGCUCAGAACAACACCUUGUGAUCAAAGCCCAUUUGCAGGGUACCAUGAAUCCAGUUCAAAGAACACCGAAAACCUCACAAAAUGGUAAAGGGCCACCGGUUCAAGAGCCACAAAACACAAGACCUCAUUCCCAAACAUCACCUCCAACUAAGAAUAGGGGAAGGAGAAGAGGAAGAGGUGGUAGAAAGUCUGAUCAAGGAGAUGUUUGUAUGAGACCAAGUUCAAGGCCUUGUACUGUGGCACAUAAGCCUGUGAAUCCAACUCGUGAUAUCAUGGCUACUACCACAAAUGAGUCUAUUGAGAAUGGCCGCAUUUUGUGUCAAAUGGAAAUGGGUUUUCCUACUUCAAGCAAGUCUUUAAGUUUUGCACCUAGGCCUGGCUAUGGGCAGCUUGGGACAAAGUGUAUUGUGAAGGCAAACCAUUUCUUUGCAGAGUUACCAGACAAGGAUCUGAACCAGUAUGAUGUCACCAUUACUCCUGAAGUGGCAUCAAGAACUGUGAACAGAGCUAUUAUGGCAGAGCUUGUGAGGUUGUACAAAGAAUCAGACCUAGGAAUGAGACUACCUGCUUAUGAUGGUAGAAAGAGUCUAUACACAGCUGGUGAACUCCCUUUUGGUUGGAAAGAGUUUACCAUUAAGCUUGUAGAUGAAGAAGAUGGAAUAAAUGGUCCCAAAAGAGAAAGAGAAUACAAAGUGAUAAUCAAGUUUGUUGCACGGGCAAAUAUGCAUCAUCUAGGGCAAUUCCUAGCUGGCAAGCGGGCAGAUGCUCCACAGGAAGCUCUGCAGAUUCUUGACAUUGUACUAAGAGAGCUCUCUAUGAAGAGGUUCUGCCCCAUUGGGAGAUCUUUCUUUUCACCAGAUAUUAAAGAACGGCAAAGACUUGGUGAAGGCCUGGAGUCCUGGUGUGGUUUUUACCAGAGUAUUAGGCCUACCCAGAUGGGGCUGUCUCUGAAUAUUGAUAUGGCUUCAGCUGCAUUCAUUGAGCCUCUCCCAGUUAUUGAGUUUGUUGCUCAACUUCUGGGCAAGGAUGUACUGUCAAGGACAUUGUCUGAUUCUGAUCGAGUGAAGGUUAAAAAGGCUCUUAGAGGAGUGAAAGUUGAGGUAACGCACCGAGGGAAUGUACGGAGAAAGUACCGUGUUUCAGGAUUGACAUCUCAACCUACCAGAGAACUAGUGUUUCCUGUAGAUGACAACUCAACAAUGAAGUCAGUUGUAGAAUAUUUCCAGGAGAUGUAUGGCUUCACCAUUCAGCAUACACAUUUACCUUGCCUUCAAGUGGGAGGAAAUCAGAAGAAGGCAAACUAUUUACCAAUGGAGGCCUGCAAAAUUGUUGAAGGACAGAGAUAUACAAAGAGGUUGAAUGAGAAGCAAAUUACAAAUCUUCUAAAGGUUACAUGCCAAAGACCAAGGGAUCGAGAAAAUGACAUUUUGCGGACAGUUCAGCAUAAUGCUUAUUAUCAAGACCCUUAUGCAACGGAAUUUGGAAUCAAGAUCAGUGAAAAACUGGCAUGUGUUGAGGCCCGAAUCCUUCCUGCUCCUUGGCUUAAAUAUCAUGAAACUGGAAAAGAGAAGGAUUGUUUGCCUCAAGUAGGUCAGUGGAAUAUGGUUAAUAAGAAAAUGAUUAAUGGGAUGACAGUUAGCCGAUGGGCAUGCAUUAACUUCUCUAGGAAUGUGCAAGAGAAUGUUGCUCGUGGAUUUUGCAAUGAACUUGCUCAAACGUGCCAAAUCUCUGGCAUGGAAUUCAAUCCAGAACCUGUCAUACCAAUCUACAGCGCCAAGCCUGACCAAGUGGAAAAAGCUUUGAAGCAUGUUUAUCAGGCAUCCAUGAACAAAACCAAGGGAAAAGAUUUAGAACUUCUAUUAGCUAUAUUGCCUGACAACAAUGGAUCUUUAUAUGGUGAUCUCAAGCGAAUAUGUGAAACUGAUCUUGGAUUGAUAUCACAAUGCUGCCUCACAAAACAUGUCUUCAAGAUCAGUAAGCAGUAUUUGGCUAAUGUGGCCCUUAAGAUCAAUGUUAAGAUGGGUGGGAGAAAUACUGUUCUUCUGGAUGCUAUCAGCUGCAGGAUACCAUUAGUUAGUGAUAUACCAACCAUAAUAUUUGGAGCAGAUGUGACUCACCCAGAAAAUGGAGAAGACUCCAGCCCAUCAAUAGCUGCUGUAGUUGCUUCUCAAGAUUGGCCAGAAGUGACAAAAUAUGCUGGACUAGUUUGUGCUCAAGCCCACAGGCAGGAACUCAUACAGGACUUGUACAAAACUUGGCAGGAUCCUGUCCGUGGCAAAGUUAGUGGUGGCAUGAUUAGGGAUCUCUUGUUAUCGUUUAGAAAGGCAACAGGGCAGAAGCCGUUGAGGAUCAUAUUCUACAGGGAUGGUGUAAGUGAAGGGCAAUUUUAUCAAGUUCUACUCUAUGAGUUGGAUGCAAUCCGGAAGGCUUGCGCUUCUCUAGAACCAAACUAUCAACCACCGGUGACUUUCAUUAUUGUACAAAAACGACACCACACCCGUCUGUUUGCUAAUAAUUACAGGGACCGGAGCAGCACAGACAAGAGUGGCAAUGUUCUGCCUGGUACUGUUGUUGAUUCUAAAAUCUGUCAUCCCACAGAAUUUGAUUUUUAUCUCUGUAGCCAUGCUGGAAUUCAGGGAACAAGUCGGCCAGCACACUACCAUGUUCUUUGGGAUGAGAACAAUUUUACGGCAGAUGGAAUACAGUCUUUGACAAACAAUCUUUGUUAUACGUAUGCAAGGUGCACGCGUUCUGUCUCUGUUGUUCCUCCAGCUUAUUAUGCACAUUUAGCUGCAUUUCGAGCACGAUUCUACAUGGAACCAGAGAUGCAAGAGAAUGGCUCAACAGGCGGUGGUGGUGCAGUUAACACCAAACGUACACGUGCAGCAGGAGAAUCUGGGGUCCGACCAUUGCCAGCCUUGAAGGACAAUGUAAAAAGAGUAAUGUUUUACUGUUAAUUAGGAUAGAGUUAGGCUGUCAUCAGUACCUGGAACUGGGAAUACCCUCCCAUUUUCCAACUUUCCCUUGUAUAUUAGUGAUGAUUCAUGAUCUGCGUCAUUACAAGGUCUUCUGAUUCAGGUACUUCUUAAGGUUCCCUCAUUUGUGGAUUCCUUGACAAUCUGUCAGAAAACCCGAGAGGAAAUCACUCUUUAGUUCCUGUUGAUUAUGGAUACAAUGUCAAACUAGGCAAUGUAAAUGUUUAUUUAGUAUUCAAUAAAAAUGCUGGAAAUUU